AAAUAUGUAGGUUAAGUGGAUAGUAUUCACUGUGACACUGGUCAGUCGGUUUAUUUAUAGACGUUCCUUGUUGGACAUAAGACAGUGGGAGUCAGCACGUGCUAUAAUUCCAGGUGAUUCUACGUUAGAUGAUUGGUUGGGGAUUUUUAUUGGAUUCUACAACACCAGUUCUUGUCUGAAUAUUAUAUUUCAACAUUCUAGAAGAAUUUACUAGACGAUGGAUUCGGACUAUCCCAAAGAUCACCCGCGGAAUGUCAUCCCAGAGUUAUGCCGCCUCUACUACAGCAAUGGAUGGAUGCCGGGUUCCGGGGGCAGUCUCAGCAUUAAAUACGGAGAGGAAAUUUACAUAACACCGUCAGGAGUCCAAAAGGAACGUAUUCAGUCGGAAGACUUGUUUGUCCAGACAUCCGAUGGAGAGGAUAUAUCCGGUCCGUCGUGUACAAAAGGAUUAAGGAAAUCACAAUGCUCUCCAGUAUUUCUAAAUAUAUAUCGGCUCAAAAAACCUGGAGCAGUCUUCCAUCUCCACUCAAAGUCAGCUGUUCUGGUUUCGUUAAUGAAUAACGGCAACACGUUGCACCUUUCCAAUCUACAAAUGAUAAAAGGAAUUCCUAAAUGGACUACAGGAGGGAAUCACAAGUUCACAGACGACGUGACGAUUCCUAUCAUUGACAACACACAUACCGAAGAUGGACUCAUUGAUGGAAUGGUCAAGGCUAUGAAUGAUUAUCCAGACACCUGUGCCGUCCUAGUCCGUGGCCAUGGAAUAUACGCCUGGGGGCACACCUGGGAACAAACAAAACUAGUAUGUGAGUCUUACGAUUACCUAUUUGAUGUCAUGUUACAACUGAGAGCUGCCGGGGUCCAGGAGAUCAGAUAGGGGAGCUGGAGUCUCGAGGAUCGACCGAGGGCUGCCGGGGUCCAGGAGAUCAGAUAGGGGAGCUGGAGUCUCGAGGAUCCACUGAGGGCUGCCGGGGUCCAGGAGAUCAGAUAGGGGAGCUGGAGUCUCGAGGAUCCACUGAGGGCUGCCGGGGUCCAGGAGAUCAAAUAGGGGAGCUGGAGUCUCCAGGAUCGAAUGAGGGGAGAUUGAGGUGGAAUGAUCGAAUGUGUGAGGAGUCUGAGCUCGGGGGAUCUACUGAGGGGAGAUUGAGGUGGAAUGAUCGAAUGUGUGGGGAGUUUGAGUUCGGGGAUCUACUGAGGGAAGAUUGAGAUGGAAUGAUCGAAUGUGUGGGGAGUCUGAGUUUGGGGGAUCGAAUGAGGGAAGAUUGAGAUGGAAUGAUCGAAUAUGUGUGGAAUCUGAGUUCGGGGGAUCGAAUGAGGGAAGAUUGAGAUGGAAUGAUGGAAUGUGUGGGGAGUUUGAGUUUGGGGGAUCGAAUGAGGAAGAUUGAGGUGGAAUGAUCGAAUGUGUCGGGAGUCUGAGCUGGGGGAUCGAAUGAGGGAUGAUUGAGGUUAACUGAUCGAAUGUGGUCGAACGACGUUAGGAGGAGUCAACUGGAUGAGGCCGAAUGAUUUUAUCGCACUUUAACUCCUUUGUGAAACAUUCUUUGUCAGAAUAGCGUGAGCUGUUGCUUCAUUAGGGAAACGAUUACUAUAUUUUAAAAAAGUGGCCCUCUACAAAAGCAUAUUGCGAAGGUCUCCGGUGUAGAUGGAUAUUCAAACUACAGUAUUCAGCCGUUGGUGAGAAAAACGGACAUUAUACUAUUUACGAGAACAAUGAAUGUUUGAAAAAGUGAAAACAGACAUUUAUGCGGUAUUAGUUAUCCGGGUUGAAUAUGUUACGUUAUGUAUACAUUUGUUUCAUGUUGUUAAAAUUCUCGAAUGACGAUUUUCUUUUAAAUAAAAAAAAAAUACGGAAAUCAA